AACGGUGCCCGUUUGAUGUCAUACAGUCCUCUCCAGGUCUCAAUCAUAUUUCUGUUCGCUGUCCUUGUGGAAUAUUAAUGUGUAACGAUGGUGUCGACGGUGCGUCGGACUGUGUGUAAUGUUAUUAGACACCUGGAAGAUCGUCGGCUCUAAUAAAGCGAUGUUUUUACGGAGGAACUAAUUGAUAAGAAAAGAAAAAACAAUGAGGCCUAAUGGGAAAGAUGAAGAACAAGUGUCAAGCUGAGGAAUUCAACACACAACAAGUGAGCUGCAAAGAUUCACGAAGACAGUAAAUGCAUGUCCUCACAAAUGCAAGCGUUUUCCUCUCCCUCCGUGUCCUCCAGUGGCCUGUCCCGCUCCAAAAAACUGAAGGUGGAAAACCAUGUAUGGAACGUGAGCAGCCAAUCAGGCGAGAGCAGCUACUACCAGAACAGCCCGAACCAGACGAAUGGCUCUUCCCCCUCCACGUCUGGAUUCAACCCCAAUUACAACUCCUCCAGCCUGGUGUUUCCUCCUGGAGGCUCGCGGGAACAGACAGUGGUACGUGCCGCGGAUAGCACCGGCAGCGUCCCGGAGCCUUCAUCCUCCUCAUCAUCAUCGUCCACAUCCAGUCAGCGUGGAAAAGAGGAGGGCUCCACCUCUCUGACAGGCGAGGGCUAUCAGAAAGCAGGCAGUCGGAAGCGGAAGAGCGAGGAGGUGGACAGCAGCGACAGCGUGCAGAUUUUGGAGGAGCUCUCGGCUCCUGUGCUCCCCAACCGCGUGGCCGGAGGUGGAGGCAACGCCACGGCCCAGUCCAUCGCUCAUUCCACGUCCACCACCAAGAGCAGCAACUCCCACAGUGAGGGCGACUACCAGCUGGUGCAACACGAGAUCCUCUGCUCCGUCUCCAACAGCUACGAGGUUCUGGAGUUCCUCGGCCGGGGGACAUUCGGACAGGUGGCAAAAUGCUGGAAGCGUGGAACCAAUGAGAUCAUGGCCAUUAAGAUUCUCAAGAAUCAUCCGUCAUAUGCCCGCCAGGGUCAAAUAGAGGUGAGCAUCCUCAGCCGUCUUAGCACAGAGAACGCAGACGAGUUCAACUUUGUGCGCUCUUACGAGUGCUUCCAGCACAAGAACCACACGUGUCUGGUGUUUGAGAUGCUGGAGCAGAACCUCUAUGACUUCCUCAAGCACAGCAAGUUCAGCCCGCUGCUCCUCAAAUGCAUCCGGCCGGUCCUGCAGCAGGUUUCCACGGCUCUGAUGAAGCUGAAGAGUUUGGGUCUCAUCCACGCUGAUCUGAAGCCUGAGAACAUCAUGCUUGUGGACCCCAUUAGACAGCCCUACAGAGUCAAAGUCAUCGACUUCGGUUCAGCCAGUCACGUCUCGAAGGCCGUGUGCUCAACCUACCUGCAGUCUAGAUACUACCGAGCUCCUGAGAUCAUUCUGGGACUUCCCUUCUGUGAGGCCAUUGACAUGUGGUCACUGGGUUGUGUCAUCGCUGAGCUGUUUCUGGGCUGGCCUUUGUAUCCGGGAGCUUCAGAAUAUGAUCAGAUUCGGUACAUUUCCCAGACUCAAGGUUUGCCAGCUGAGUAUCUCCUGAGCGCUGGCACUAAAACCAGCCGUUUCUUCCACAGGGGUCCAGACUCCAGCUACCCUCUCUGGAGACUCAAGACUACCGCAGAGCACGAGACAGAGUUUGGGAUAAAGUCCAAAGAGGCUCGGAAAUACAUUUUUAACUGCCUUGAUGACAUGAUGCAGGUCAACAUGACUAACCUGGAAGGCACGGACAUUUUAGCGGAGAAGGCUGAUCGGAGGGAGUUCAUUGACCUGCUAAAGAAAAUGCUAACACUAGACGCAGACAAGAGGAUCACGCCCACGAAGACCCUCAACCACCCGUUUGUGACUAUGGCUCACCUACUUCACUUCCCACACAGCUCUCAUGUGAAGUCCUGCUUCCAAAACAUGGAGAUCUGCAAGCGCAGGUGUACAGCUUUCGACAAUAACAAGAACCUGUUCGCCAGCCACAACACACCCAGCGCGGCCGCCAACCUCACGGUCACCUUCAGCAGUCAACUCAAUCAGCACAGUCAGAUGGCCUCCACGGGGGGCCAGUCCCUGUCUCUUAGCAGCAACGUUCCUUUACUCAACUACCAGCCUGGUCUGUACCAGCAGGCCACUAUAAAUAUACCAGGCUUGGCUCAGCAGAGUGUGCCGUUGCAGGCUCGCCCUACUCAGCUGUGUGCCCAGACAGAGCCCUUCCAGCAAACCCUCAUUGUGUGCCCUCCCACCAUCCAGGGACUGCAGACCUCCAAUAAACACGCUGGAUUUCCAGUGAGAAUGGACAACUCGGUACCCAUAGUGCCCCAGAACCAAUCCACCCAGCCCCUACACAUUCAGCCCAGCAUGCUCACGCAGUUCCUCCACACAUCCCUCUAUCCCUUCCCCAACCAGAGCAGCAGCAACACCCCGCUGGCGCUGGCCUCCCUGCGCCUUCCAGUGGCGGGAAUGACGCCGCUGGGCUCCCGGCGUCUGGAGCAGAGUGCCACCAUGCUGCAGGGCUGGCCAGCAGGCACACAGCAGAUCCUCAUUCCCUCUUCAUGGCAGCAGAUGUCAGGCAUGGCCAUGCACAAUUCCAGCCAGACUGUGCUGUCCGAUUCCCCCAUGGGCUCUCUGUUCUCAGACAACACCACCCAACAGAACAGUAGCUGGAGGGGUCGACAUGGAGGUCAGUGUGAUGGGAUGCAGCAGGGGCGUAACGUGAGCGCUCAGCCCUCCCACGUGGGAGCAGCCAGCAGUCGUACACAGCAGAGCGGAGUCAAGAGGUCAAAGGGUCGACGUGCUGAGAGCAGAGCCAGACCCACGUCCUCCCAGCAGCCGGCCUCUUUGGGAACGCACAACUGUGGUGAAGCGUCCCAGCCCAUCGUCAUCUCCGACACCCCCAGCCCUGCUGUCAGCAUCAUCACCAUCCACAGCGACACUGAGGACGACGACGACAGGAAGUUUCCUCCUGAAAGUGUCUACAGUUCACACACCUUAAUAUCUAAAUUUGCAAAGAAAAGCUGUAGUGUGAACCAGCGUGCAAACGUCAUCAGCUGUGUGACUCUCCAUGACUCCCAGGACUCUGACUCCUCCACCAGCACCCCUCUCAGUCCCAAACGCCUUCCCAAGUCUCUAGCCAUGGUCACACCCGCAGUGAAAACACAGCUCUGGGAUGGAGCGUCAGGAGAGAACAAUGCUAAUAGUUCUGGAAAAUUAAAGAAAGGAACGGCCUCACAGUCCAGCGACCGGCAUCAGAGAGCGGCAUCAAACAGAUCUCAGCCUCUCAACCUGAGCCAGGUGCAGCAAUCAAUGAUGUCAUCCCACGAUCGUGCAGGGGGCGGAUCCCUGAGACGCCAACCCACCUACCCUCCUACAGGCCCCUCCCACUCCUACAGGCUUCAUGAAGCGUCACUCUUCGGCUCCGCCUCCAGCCUGUACGCGUACCCGGCAUCUGCGGCCCUGGCCUCUGUGUCGCAGGCGGUGGACCAGAUGCACAAUUCAGCCGGUUCCUCCUGCUCCUCUUCCUCCGGCCGACACACACGCACCGCCGGGCCGUACUCGGCCUCUCUGAGCCUUCUGCAGAAGAACAGUGCCAUGGGCGUCAUGUGUCAGGCUUCGGCUCCGUACCAGCGGCCUGCGGCGUUUCCCCUCAGCCAGAGGAAACUCCACCAGUACCCGUACCUGUGAGGAGGACCAUCUCAACGUGAGCUUUGAUAUGUGCUGGGGGGAAAUGUCAGGAUGGUGUCAUGGAUGUUCAAGUGGAAAUGACAUUUUUGAUUAUUUUACUCAUUUUAGUGUUUUUUUUAUACAGCAUUUUUUUGGUCGAUUGGAUCACAAGUAGACAAGGGAGACACAUUCCUGUUUACACCUGGUGUUUUAAUGCGUCUCUUUUGUCCACUUUCAACCACUUGAUUUCUUCAAGAGGAGGGUCUAUGGGCAGGGAAAGAUCUUUUGAUCUAAUGGACAAAAUAAGCUCAGCAAUUUACAUAUGAACGCGCCUGGAGACGACAUAAAAAUAUACAGACACCAGAAUGAACGAGUUCACAGUAACGUUCAUCAGGCAGUAAUACAGUACGUUCAGUUCACGUUCGCCCAAAAU